CACAUUUGUAUGUUAGAUUUUCAAGACUCCGACUGAUUCCUCAAGUUUUUAACAAUCGGUAUAAUUUUUUCCUUCAGUUGCUGGUUGUUUCCAAGGGAUGAACUAACAUGUUUGUCUGUAGUUGAAGAUGUCAAAGUGGUAGAAAGUAGCUGCUGCUGCGUCAGUUAUGGAGAAAAAAAUGGAGCUUGAUUGACUAUCGCAUGACAGCAACCAUUGUUGAGUUGAGUAGCAGGAGAUUUCAACGCCUCUGCUCGACGCUUCGCAGUCUCCUAUGGCAGCGCCCGAAGCGUAAACUCGUGAUCCGGAGACUGCAACGAAAGCAGACUACAGUUCGCCAAGCUAUUCCUAUCCGCAUUGCCUCUUUCAACGCGGCAUUAUUUUCGCUCGCGCCGGCGGUUCCGAAGGAUGGAUCGGUUACUCCACUUUCCGGUGUAUCCAGUAAGCCGAAGCCGAAAGUGUCGAUCAACUUGCCGGAGAACGAGAUCUCGUUGGCGCAGAAUAAGCAGGUGAGUGCGUCUGACGAUUCGUUGUUUAGUUUCAGCAGCAGUAAUAAGGUAUUGGCUAUGAAUCCGAUGAGGUCGCCCCUGUGCUUUCCGGCGAACUGGUUUGGCGACGGCGGAAGAAGCAUUCUGGACGUGCUGAAGGAGGUGGACGCCGAUGUUUUGGCUUUGCAGGAUGUGAAGGCGGAGGAGGAGAAGGAUAUGAAACCACUGUCGGAGGUGGCGGCGGCGUUGGGGAUGGAGUUUGUGUUCGCGGAGAGCUGGGCGCCGGAGUACGGCAACGCCGUGCUUUCGAAAUGGCCGAUUAAGAAGUGGAAGGUUCAGAGGAUUCAUGACGACGACGACUUCAGGAACGUAAUAAAGGCGACGGUAGAUGUCCCGUUUACAGGCGAGUUGAAUGUAUACUGCACGCAACUCGAUCACUUGGACGAGAGCUGGAGGAUGAAGCAAAUCAACGCAAUCUUUCAAUCGAAUGAUCAACAACCUCACAUAUUGGCAGGCGGGCUCAACUCUCUCGACUCAUCGGAUUACUCGCCGGAGAGGUGGAACAACAUCAUUAAGUACUACGAGGAAUUGGGCAAGCCGACUCCUAGGGUCGAAGUAACAAACUUCUUGAAACGAAAAGCUUAUACAGACGCCAAAAAUUUUCCAGGUGAAUGCGAACCGGUGGUAAUGAUCGCCAAAGGACAAAAUGUGCAAGGGACGUGUAAAUAUGGAACACGGGUCGACUACAUAUUGGGGUCACAAGGGUUGCCCUACUCGUUUGUCCCGGGAUCAUACUCUGUGUUGUCGUCAAAAGGCACAUCAGAUCAUCAUAUAGUUAAAGUUGACGUCGUGGGAGUUAUAAAUGCGAAGCAAAAGAGCAAAAUAAGACGAAAGAAACUAAGGCAAAGAGUCGUCGUUGCGCUAACUACUUGUUCAUCUAGAGGUAUUUGGGAAGUAAAUUCUUAAAAACUCAUUUACACCAUUUUUUUUUUUCCCGCUUGUGUGAUUAUGAAAAAUAGAUUGAUUAUACAUACCUUCGAAGACUGAUUUUAGAAGCCCUCGCCCUUUGAAGUAUUUGAAGAUCGAUUCAUAUUGUUUACAUGAGUUUGUCCUAGUGGUUAUUUGAAGGUUUGUAGCAAUUGACGUCAAAUUUGAGUAGUUCUACGUGCUUGAGCCUACGAUAGAUUCAUUUUUUCUCAAACUUGAUCGUGAUUAAUAUUAGAAUGUGUGUAUAUCAUCGUUAAUUUAAACGAUGGUUAUAUGUACAUGGUCGCUACGACUUACACUUAAGUACUAGGGUGUGUUUGUUUGGAGUAUUGAAUG